AUGCCAGCCCAAAUUACCGGCCCUAUGGCAGCCAGCAUCCCGAUUCAUAUUGCCAACGACCAGAGUAACAACUACCGCAAACAACACAAGCACUCGCGAUCGUCCUACUCAGAGUCGUCUCCGCUGGCCAACUCUAGAAACAACUCUCUGACUUUCCGCCCGCCCAAGCGACACAUGUCAACUCCAGACAAGACCAUCGCUAUUACCAACGCAAGCGGGCGCCAGGCUGCGUCCCUGAUUCGUGUCGCCACAGCCGUGGGAUAUCGCGUGCGAGCACAAUUGAGAAAUCUUGAAGGUGUUGUUGCCACCGAGGUCUCGACUAAUCCAAACGUAACAGUAUUUGUGGGUGAGCUGUAUACCAGGCACAAUCCUACAAAUGAAAACAAAGACGUUACGCAAAAUGGUCCGAUUGCCGGCGUCGGCGUCAACCAUGACCUGAUAUCAAAUCUGUUCCGUGGCGCACAGCUGGCCUUCAUAAACACGACAUUUUACGGCGAUGAAGUUCAAAUUGGCAUGGCUCUAGCUGAUGCCGCCAAGAAGGCGGGGGUCCAACACUACAUCUAUUCGUCGAUGCCUGAUCACAAGGCCUACAACAAGGACUGGCCCUCUUUACCACUUUGGGCAGCAAAGCACGAGGUGGAAGAGUAUGUUCGAAAGCUCGACCUCCCCGCGACCUUUGUUUACACGGGCAUCUAUAACAACAACUUCACGUCGUGCCCAUAUCCAUUGUUUUGCAUGGAGCUGCAAGAAGAUGGGUCUUUCAUAUGGCAAGCACCGUUCCACGAGGAUGCCAAGCUUCCUUGGCUGGACGCGGAACACGACGUCGGGCCGGCAAUCGUACAGUUAUUCAAAGACGGCGUUUCGAAAUGGAGGGGUGAGCGGAUUGCUCUCGCUUAUGAAUAUCUGUCGCCCAAAGAAGCCUGCAGACUGUUUGCAAGAGGCGUUGGCCGUCCCGUACACUACGUCCGUGGCCCCAUUGAGGUCAAGGUCCAAAUCCCCACUGGCUACCGAGAACAACUGGAGGCACUUGAGAAGCUUUUCAAGCUUAGCGAGACGGACCCCAAAAGACAGCCACCUUACUUUGGGGACAUGAAGCUCGAGGUGAGCUGCCCUACCGAAGCCCUUGAGCUCUGGGAAGGCCCUCGGGGACUGGAGGAAUAUGCCCGAGAAAUGUUCCCUCUCGAAGAGGAGGCCAACGGGCUUACGUGGAUGCUGGACGAGGACGAACUCGAACAGAGAUCUGCCGCCGACGAUAAGCUCAAUGCCACAACAACGUCUGUGGAACAACUGAGGCUUCACGACGAGAAUGAGGAUGACGAUUCAGAUGAAGACGACGGACUUGUUAUGCGGGGCUUGAAGCGAGACGAAGAACAAUGGCUGGCAUAG